UAUAUCUUCCAGCUAUUUACUAUUAAAUAUAACACAAUUCAAAUUGUUAUCCACAGUUAUGUGGGACGAUGAAGUUUCAGGGAAACCCCCAUGAACCACAAAGCGUUGAACAUUUCUUGUCAUUCUUUAUUGGAUUUAUUCUGCUGUGUCAUCCUCGUUGUCUUGGCUUUUUCUUUUGACGUUUGCCCAAUUGACAUUAUUGUCUAUCUGAAGAAAGACAGCAUUUGGCAAUUGCAGAUUAGAAUCCCAUCUCAAGAGUUGACUUGGGUGCUUAGAUCAAUUGAGCAUUUUUCUAGAAGGGCGUCAAGUUAUACGAGUGCUUAGCACAUUGGAGCUUUCGUAUCCCCAUUUGUCAGUGGUCGACGAAAUAUAUGGAGCUUACUGGGGGAGGGCUAAAUGCAGAUAUGGAGGCAGACGAAUUGGAUAUGGAGCCAUCGCCAGAUAUGCCUGUUAGAAAUAAUCAUUUCUACAGCUUACGUUAUCCGGGUGCAGUGAGGCAGAAAGCUUACAUCUUUGAUGGCGAAGGGAAUUACUAUAACAAGGAAUGGGAUCUUGCAGAGGGUAGAGGAAAGGAAUUCUGUUGGUUCCAUGUGGAGCUUCCUAAGGGAAAUCAAAAACUUUCUCAAUCUGCACAGUACCUUAUUGAUGUACUUUGCCCACCUCUAAAGCUCCAGGACAUUCUCUCACUUGUUAGCAAUGGACCAUUUUGUGGGCAUGUUGAUGGAGCUCUAGUAUUUAGGGUUAAUUCACCUGGACCUGCCUCCAGCAAAUUUACAUUUAGGAUUGCUGCAAGAGUUACGCAAAAUUCAGUUAUAACUGUGUCAUUAGGGCGUGUUCCAAGAUUAGGUUUUUCACCAACGAAUGAAUCUCUUCUCUCCGAGAUUCCUGCAUUGGAGAGUCCUAAUUAUACAAGAGGUGAACAAAAACAGAGGAAUGGGAUUGUGAUCGGGGAGCAUGUUCUUGAUUUUCUACUGACAAUGAAUCACUCUGAGGAAGCUGAUAAUCCUGUGCCCAAAUCUGUUUCAAAUCUUGUUGUUCACAUUGUUGAUACACAUGUGGAUCAUCUUCAAGAUGUUGUGACAAAUCUUGAGAUCGAGUUGGAUUCAUUGGAGCUUGAAUUGGACAGAGGUGGUUUUGCUCUGAAGAAACAAAUGCUUGAUGAUAGAAGAUUCCCGAAAAUGCAUGUUGAUUUGCAGCGUCUCCUGCAGGUAAUUGCACAUGGGCAGCAAGUUUUUCCACGUGUCAAGGAAAAGUGUGCUUCAAAAGAUUGGUUUGCUAAUGAAGACAUUAAUUCCCUUGAAGAGCUUGUUGGACGCCUUAGGAGACUAAAGGAGAAUGUUGGCUUCAUAGCCAAUCGUGUCAGUGCAAUUCAACAAGGUCUGGACAGCUGGCAGGCUGAGCAGAUAAACAGGAAAUUAUACUAUCUUUCAUUCCUCUCCAUCAUAUUUCUUCCUUUAUCAGUAAUAACCGGAGUGUUCGGGAUGAAUGUGGGAGGGGUACCCUGGACUGCACAAAGUAAACCAGAGUUGAAAGAUGGGUUCCGUAAUGUGAUGUUGCUGUGUGUGGCUAUGCUAGGGCUUGUUCUCCUCUGUUUCAUUUUCCCUGCCCUUUACAGUCGCAUAAUGGCGUGGCGGAGGAGACGGGCCAUGAGGAGAAGUUGGUCUCUCAACAGGAAAUCCUUCCUUAGAAGAACCACACCAGUUGGUGAAAGAACAGAAAGAGGAGGCUACCUUCGGCUGUUUUGACAUCGAAGUGAAAAAUUUUACUCCCUUCUGCUUUGAGCUGGUUGCUGGUUCAAGGCGCUGUAUUUCUCCUUUCAGCAAAUUGCUUUGAGCAAGUUACUGAAUUGUUGGUCCAUGUUAAUAACAGAAAUCUGCACCCUGAUCCUAUUUUUAGCCUGGAGGGAGAUCUUGUUUUCAGUUGAAGGCAGCUCCCAUCUUCUGGAGGUUGUGGAUGUUUGUAUAGAGAUUCUUUUCUUUUAGUUUCUGGAAAGAUACAGCAUUUCAGUGGAAGUGGAUUUUAACUCAAUUUAGAAUUUUAGCUUAUACGAGUUUAGAACCACCUCUUGAAGUUUUGCUGUUGUUAUUUUUUCUUAUUCA